AGGGCAGCCUUGUUAUGAUAGGUUUGUUUUUAUUUUGCAGUUCAAGCUACACUUUUCCUUGGUGCUCAAUUCUAAUGGUUUUUAAUCAUGAGAAGUCGAAGUAAUAGCGGUGUCAGACUUGAUUAUUACCAGAGAAUAGUGUUUAGAACAAUAUUGGACCGUCAAAAUCCUGUUACUGGUCUUCUACCUACAACUAAUGAAUCAGAUCAUGCCUGGGUUCGAGAUAACCUCUACUCUAUCCUUGCUGUCUGGGCUCUCAGUAUGGCUUACAAGAAAAAUACUGAUCUGGAUGAGGAUCGAGCCAAAACAUAUGAAUUGGAACAGAGCUGCGUAAAAAUGAUGAGAGGUCUCUUGAUGGCUAUGGUAAGACAGAAAGAGAAGGUCGAAAAAUUCAAAGAGACUCAAUCACCACUUGAUGCCCUCCAUGCUAAAUAUUCCUCUUCGAAUAUGUUGACUGUUGUUGGAGAUACCGAAUGGGGCCAUCUUCAGAUCGAUGCUACUUCACUUUAUCUUUUACUCUUAGCUCAAAUGACUGCAUCAGGAUUACAAAUCGUAUUUAAUCUGGAUGAAGUCGCUUUUGUUCAAAACUUAGUUUUUUAUAUUGAAUCAGCGUAUUGUAUUCCAGAUUAUGGUAGCUGGGAAAGAGGUGAUAAGACAAAUCACGGUCUUCCAGAACUUAAUGCUAGCUCUAUCGGGAUGGCUAAAGCAGCUUUGGAAGCUAUGAAUGAAUUGGAUCUAUUUGGUGGUCGAGGAGGCCCUUCCUCUGUUAUUCAUGUUUUAGCAGAUGAGGCACAAAAAUGUCAAGCAGUUCUUCAAUCGAUGUUACCUCGAGAAUCAAAUUCAAAAGAAGUCGAUGCUGCUCUUCUCUCUAUUAUCGGUUUUCCCGCUUUUGCAAUAGAAGACCCCGACCUUAUAAAGCUUACUCGCAAUGUGAUACUUGAAAAACUUAGAGGACGAUAUGGUUGUAAAAGGUUUCUUCGUGAUGGUUAUAAAACAGCAAAAGAAGACCCUUCUAGAUUAUAUUACGAACCAUGUGAGCUUAAAGUUUUCGAGCAUAUUGAAUGUGAAUGGCCAUUAUUUUUCUGCUACUUAAUACUAGACGCUUGUUUCAGGGGUGAUAGAGAAAUGAGCUUAGAAUUCUCGGAUGCUUUAGACAAAGUUCUAGUCAAAACUGAUGAUGGACUAAAAUUGGUUCCAGAAAUGUACACUGUACCUGCUCAUCUGGUUGACGCGGAAUACAAAACUCCCAAAAGUCAAGAUAGGGUACCUAUCGGACAGUGUCCUUUCAUGUGGGCUCAAUCGCUGUACAUUUUAGGUCGCCUACUUCAAGAAGGUUUCAUUGCCCCAGGAGAAAUGGAUCCUCUUAAUCGCCGUCUCGGAGCUGACAAGAAACCUGAUGUUGUUGUGCAGGUUGUUAUUCUUGCUGAAGAUGCCGUGAUGAAAGAGAAGCUCUCUCACCAUGAUAUUAAUAUCCAAACUGUUUCUGAAGCUUCCCCUAUUGAAGUUCAACCCGCUCGUGUUCUCAGUCAUCUCUAUGCUUACCUUGGACGCAACAAAAAACUCAAACUCUCAGGUCGCCAAUCUCGAGAUGUCGGGAUUUUGAGUACGAGUAAACUGUAUAGUCUUCAUGACAGGAUUUUUGCUUUCAUACCUCAGUUUGUAGAUGAGCAACGUUAUUAUAUCGCUUCAGAUAUCAACUUACUAUUGGACAUUUUCAAAAAUGAAAUAGCAUUCUUGAAAUCAAAUUGGAAAAUGUUGGGAAGGCCUGUUAUCGUCAUCAGUCUGAAAUCUAAAGUUUUAGAAAAUGGACGAAUCCCUCCUUCAGUAUUGUCAACGAUUAAAAAACUCAAAAGUGGAUACAUCAAUGGUACAAGGGUUGUAUUUGGGAGAUUAGAUGAAUUUCUAAGCACUUCAUGCAUAACAAGUCUCAGUUUUCUGGGUAAUACAGAAGAAGGAGAUCCAGAUAAUUUAAGUUCGAGCGUCAAAGAAUAUUUGGAGAAGGAGCUCCGUAAACCAUUUUUGAAAACGCCUCACAACCUUAAAUCGUCAAUGAAACGUAAACAAAGUGUUUUCCGAUCUAGAAAAUCUGGAAUUGCUGGUAUCAUCAAGCGAACCCGAUCAAUUAUAGUUGAUCAAUAUGAUCCAGAAUUGACGCUUCUUCGAGCCGAGUAUGAUGGUAAACAUCCUGCUACUGACGAAGUAGAUAAAUCUCCUUUGGUGUCAACAACACCUAGUCGUGACAAUAGUGAGGAAAAAUCUUCGCCUGUUUCUCCGGGCGUACCUGAGAUUGAAGACGAAACUAUAAGUAAUUGGGCUUAUGUUCCUGGCAAUGAAUCUAGAAUCAAAGCUAUGACCGAAUUAAAUACCAGUGGAGAAGAUUUGAUUAAUUUCUUCAAGGAAACAGAAUCACUUGAAGAACAGGGAGACAUUCUUCAUUAUUUAGCUUACAAUAAAGGUUUAAAUUGGGAUACAAAGCUUGGAAAUCAUCCUAAUGUUGUCUCAGUCAAAGAAUUGUUGAAAGAGCUUUAUGAAAAAGCGUGCCAAGAAAAGAAAUGGGCUUUAGUGCGACAUAUUGCUGGUAUAUUAGGUAAACGAGUUGAAGAUUUGGCCAAGGCUGUUGCUGAUUUAUUGGUUCGUCAGAAACAAGUUACCAUUGGAAUGCCACCCAAUCAUGAGAUAACAAUAACUCGACCUCUUCCUUCUAAAGAAAUACGUGAAAUGAUUAAUGCUGCUCAUGGGGGUGAUCAAAGUACUGCCAUGUUAUCUCAAGAACUUCUCGUUUAUUUAGCAAUGUAUAUAAGAACGGAGCCACAACUUUUCUGUGAAAUGUUGCGACUUCGAGUUGGUUUAAUAAUCCAAGUUAGUGCCUCUGAGCUUGGAAGAGCUCUAAAAUGUAGCGGUGAAGAAGCAUCGGAUCAUUUACUUAAUUUAAGUCCCUACGAGAUGAAAAUGUUGUUGCACCAUAUUCUCAGUGGGAAGGAAUUUUCAGUCAAAGGAGCAAGGAGUGGUCAUGUAUCCAUUGCGAAUGACAAAUUCAGUCGUAAAAGUAAUUUAGACAAUUUUAUCGGUAAAGAACCUAGCAUCACAGAUGAAUUUACCGAAUCAGAACGACAAGGUCAAUGGCUAAGAAGACGAAGAUUGGAUGGAGCCUUGAACAGAGUUCCUAAAGGCUUUUAUCCAAAUGUUUGGUCACUUCUUGAGAAGUGUGAAGGAAUUGUUAUACAAGAUAAAGUUCUUCUACAGAAAUUGACUCGUGAAAUGACUCCAGGAGAAUUGAAAUUUGCACUGAAUGUCGAGGAGGUUCUCAACAGCAUCCCUGUACCAGAAUAUAGACAACUCAUGGUUGAAGCAUUGAUGAUACUCACCUUACUGGUUGAAUUGAAUGCUGUUGGAUAUUUAGGUGGCUUUAUCAAAGUUCAAGAUAUUGUCCAUCAAGCUCAUCAACUAUUCUUAGAUGACCAGAGAAAACAAAAUGGUGAUGCCACUCUUUGUUGUGCCCUCCUUCCAGAUUCACCAAAAUUAGUUAAUUGUUCAACGACUGCAAAUAUUUGUCAACAUUUUUACGAUUCUGCACCCAGUGGAUGUUAUGGUACAAUGACUUACCUUGUACGAGCUGUUUCUUGUUUAUUGGAUUGUCUACCAAACCAGGAAAUCGAUUGUACUCUAAGUUAAAUUGUAUAUCACUUUGACAAUCUUUUUGUUCAAAUUCAACUAUUUGGUUCCUAAGCAUUUCAUUUAUUUUGUUUAAAAUCACCAUUCUUUAUUUGCAAUCUUGCCGAAAUUCAUCAUUAGUCUUAAAAUAUUCGUCUAUUAUCAACACAUCAAGUUUCCUUUUACUUGUAAAUCACGGAUCUGAAUUAUAUUAUUGUUUAGUAAAUUUAAACCCAUUUAUUUGAGUAUGAAUAUUGUAAAGAUCGUCGAAAGAAGUUGGAAAAUUUCAACCUGUUUUGGGUAUUUAAUUGUUGAAAUUUGCAUAAUCUAAGUGCUUCUUUUAUGGCAGUUUGAUGAGCAAUUUCAAUCAACACUCAAGAAAAGGUUAAUCAGUUUAAUGCGAAUUGUAAAUUUUAAAUGAAGUUUUUUUGUUUUCGUUUCAAAACUUCAAAUAUCUUAUUGAAGAAAAAUGAACUUCGAAUUUGAAUGAUUUAUCAAAAUCAAUUAUUUUAUCCAAAUUAAAUGAUCUUGCUA